ACGACCCUGCACUGACCAGCGGCGCGCGGGACAGGGCGAGGGUACCCACGCCCCCAGAAGCUCGGGGGCGUGCUGCGGGGGCGGGCCCAGGGCUGGGGACGGACUUCGGGACAGGGUGGGAUGGCAGCAUCCUGGCCCUGGGGAAUCGGGAGGAGCCCGGUGUCCUCCAGCUGUGCAAACAGGAGGAGGAGGUCCCAAGCGUACCCCUGGGAGAGGGGCGAGAGGGGUGGUCAAGCCGCGCCGGCCCCCGCGGUGCGGGUUGCGCCAGCCUCCUCGGAGCCCGACGCAGAAACUUGUUGCAACAAACAGGCGACCGCGGGUGCCCCUAGCAGCCAGCGGCGGAGUGGGUGGGCGGGCGAGAGGGAGGGGAAGGCUGGCGGACGCCGCAGCGAACUGGUGGGCAGACCCGGAGUCGCCGCGUAAGCGGGGCCGGCUCAGUGCGGUGCGGCAGGCGCGGCUGUGCGGCAGCGGAAGUCCUUUGUUGCAGCACAGUCCCUGGCAGAGCCUGAGCCUCUCCGCGCAGCCCAGCCCGAGCGCCGCGCGCCGCCGCCACUGCAGCUCGCGGCCCCUUCACCUCUGCCCGCCUUUCGCGCGGCCGAUCUGCCUCAAACUCCUCAAAACCUCCGCCGCCCCGGUGCCUGCUGCUGCCGGUCUCUAAUAGAAGAUGGCAAAGCCCAGCCACAGCAGCUACGUCCUUCAGCAGCUAAACAACCAAAGGGAGUGGGGCUUUCUCUGUGACUGUUGCAUUGCAAUUGAUGACAUUUACUUCCAAGCACACAAAGCAGUUCUGGCUGCUUGUAGCUCCUAUUUUAGAAUGUUUUUCAUGAAUCACCAACAAAGUACUGCACAACUAAAUCUCAGCAACAUGAAAAUUAGUGCUGAGUGUUUUGAUCUCAUUUUGCAAUUUAUGUAUUUGGGGAAAAUUAUGACAGCUCCAUCCAGUUUUGAGCAGUUUAAAGUGGCAAUGAACUACCUGCAGCUUUACAAUGUUCCUGACUGCUUAGAAGACAUCCAGGAUGCAGAUUGUUCUAGUUCAAAAUGCUCAUCUUCUGCUUCUAGCAAACAGAACAGCAAAAUGAUAUUUGGAGUAAGAAUGUAUGAAGAUACUGGGGCUAAAAACGGCAGUGAAGCCAACAGGUGGAGUGCAGAGCCAAGUUCAACCGUAAAUACACCACACAAUAGAGAGCCUGAUGAAGAAUCUUUACAAUUAAGUAAUUUUCCUGAGCCACUCUUUGAUGUAUGUAAAAAAAGUUCUGUGUCUAAAUUAUCUACUCCAAAAGAACGUGUAUCACGACGCUUUGGACGGAGUUUUACCUGUGAUAGUUGUGGUUUUGGCUUUAGCUGUGAAAAAUUAUUAGAUGAGCAUGUUCUAACAUGUACUAAUAGACAUUCAUACCAAAAUGCAAGAUCCUAUCACAGACUAGUUGAUAUUAGAGAUGGAAAAGAAAGCAAUAUCAAAGCUGAAUUUGGUGAAAAAGAUUCUUCUAAAACAUUUUCUGCACAGACAGACAAAUACAGAGGGGACUUAAGCCAGGCUGCUGAUGAUUCAACUUCCACUACCGGAAGCAGAAAAAGCACAGUGGAAUCUGAUCUAGCCAAUGAAGAAAAAAGCAGAGCUGCUGAGAGAAAAAGAAUCAUUAUCAAGAUGGAGCCAGAAGAUAUUCCUACAGAUGAACUGAAAGACUUUAACAUUAUCAAAGUUACUGACAAGGACUGUAAUGAAUCCACUGAUAAUGAUGAACUAGAAGAUGAACCUGAAGAGCCAUUUUAUAGAUACUAUGUUGAAGAAGAUGUCAGUAUUAAAAAAAGUGGUAGGAAAACUCUAAAACCUCGGAUGUCAAUAAGUGCUGAGGAAAGAGGUGGUUUAGACAAUCUGAGGCCACCUACCAGCAGUCCAGUACAAGAGGAUACAGAAAAUGCAUCUUGUGAGUUGUGUGGACUCACAAUAACUGAAGAGGACCUCUCUUCUCAUUAUUUAGCAAAACACAUUGAAAAUAUCUGUGCAUGUGGUAAAUGUGGACAAAUACUUGUUAAGGGGAGACAGCUUCAGGAACAUGCUCAAAGAUGUGGAGAGCCCCAAGACCUGACAAUGAAUGGGCUAGGAAAUACUGAGGAGAAAAUGGAUAUGGAAGAGAAUCCUGAUGAACAGUCUGAAAUAAGAGAUAUGUUUGUAGAUAUGUUGGAUGAUUUUCGGGACAAUCAUUUCCAGAUAAACAGUAUGCAAAAGAAGCAGUUAUUUAAACAUUCUGCCUGUCCUUUUCGAUGUCCCAAUUGUGGCCAGCGUUUUGAAACUGAAAAUCUAGUGGUUGAACAUAUGUCUACUUGCCUAGAACAAGAUAUGUUUAAAAGUGCCAUUAUAGAAGACAAUGAGAGAGAUCACAGACGAAAGCAUUUUUGUAAUCUGUGUGGAAAAGGAUUUUAUCAGCGAUGUCACUUAAGAGAACAUUAUACUGUUCAUACUAAGGAGAAACAGUUUGUUUGUCAGACAUGUGGAAAGCAGUUUUUAAGAGAACGCCAGUUGCGACUACACAAUGAUAUGCACAAAGGCAUGGCCAGUGGUGAAAUAGGGCCUUCUAAACCUCUGAAGAAGUGAGAUCUGAAUUUGGAGAGGACAAGGGGAAGAAUCAACAACAGAUUAUCUUUAAGUCCAGACGCAGAAAAAUCAGAUCUGAAGUGGCACCAUCUUUUCUGUCUUCCUGACAAACCUCAGCAACCCCAAAAGUUCCAGUUACAAGGAUCCAAGAAAACUCAGUAAUGAUCAUUUUGGAAUCACUCUGUGUGACAAAACUGAUUUAUGGUGACUCUCCUAAUAUUUACGGAAAAUCAGCUAAAGAAAAGAAACUCAAAUAUUCAUAUAACAUCAGUGGUUUAAGCUACACUAAAGUAAAACUUUAUAUGCUAAUUAUCUUUGAGUCCCUUCUAAAAUAAAAGGACUUGCUAGACUACUAAAAUACGAACAAAGAUAAGUUUAUCUGUAUAAAUACAUAUAUACAAUUCUAACUUUAAAAUAAUUUGAAUUAGUUUACAUAUUAUUAAACGUAGCAAGACAAUUAUACCAAAAACCUGUAGUUUAGAAUACAAGAUGUGUACAAAGAAAAGUAUUUUUAAAGCCAUUAUCUUAACAAAGGGUAGUUAUUAUUAAAAUGUAACAUAUGUCCUUACUUUUUCAUUGUAUUGUGAUACCACAAGUUUACUUACAUCAAUGAACCUCCCUUUUAAGUCUGUUAAUUUGGAGGGAAAACAAAAGUGACUUUACUUCAAUAGUGGCAAAGUUUUCAUGACUCACAGAUACCCAAAAAGAAUGUAUAUAAAAUACAAUUUUAUUCUGAUCUUAGUACUAUCGCUUAAGACAGAAUUAGUUUCUAUUAAAAAUUAAUUGUUGGUAUUAAAUAUUAUAAUACCAUGCUGCUUAGCUUUCAAAUUUCAAGAUAAAACAAACAAGUACUGGCUGGAAAAAUGGUUAACAUGGUUAGCAUGUCUUAAAAAAUACUUAAUGGAGAAAUGUUUGGUGAAAUUUUUAACUUGGCUACAAAUACUUUGUUUCAGAGAGAUAUAUGUACACACAUACAUAAAUAUAUAUAUGAACAUUUCUUACUAUGUGACUCCUUAUAGGACUGUGAAUAUAUUUGUAGUUUUACUUUUCGUUAACUGUGUACUCAAUUCUUUAUUAUUGUUUGUGUAAUAUUAGGUGUUAAAUGUCUUCAGAAAUGCUUAUUUUGUUUUUAUGCCUCUUCAUAAAUGUUGUAAUAAGAUGUAGCACAGAAAUUUAACCUAGAAUAAACAUAAUAGUUUAGGAAGAAGUCAUUUAUAACCUCUCAUUAAAAAUUAGGAUGAAUAUUCAUUCUAACAACUAGACUAACGAAAAAAUCAGAGACACUUAAUUGCAAUGUGAUAGUGAGUAGAUGGGUGGAGGAAGGGGAAGAGACAUCCACUAAAUACUUUAUAUGAAUAGAACUGAUUUAAGAUAAAUAAAUUUAGGAAAAUAUUACCUUCUUUAAAAAAAAUAACUAGAGGUAAUCUCUGUUGGGAAUAAGAGGAAGUAUACUGGACUUAGAAUUUUAACAAAUAGAAAAAAUAAAAGAAUAUACAAGUAAUUAAAGGUGCUAGAACAAUAUAGUAGAAACUCAAUGAGCAAUUUUUCAUUGGUGGAAUUAAAUUUACAAAAGAAAUAUCGCUUAAAUUUUGAUUGUACUAAACUACAAAUGUAAUGACCUACAAUAAUUACAAGUGAAUGAAUGCAUUCUAUAAUGUGAUUAUUUUCUGUAAAUUAGUAAAAGAUGCAGUUAGUUUUUGGGUCACACAGAAAAUUUUUGUUACAUUUUUUAAUCCAUUGUUUUUAUGUAAUAAAAUUUUCUCCUUUAUGUUCAGAAGUAAACUGUCUGUAUAUUACUUUUAUUUAUACAGAAUUUUUUCAACCCAGCUCCUUUAAACAAUUGUCUGAAAAGUUAUAAACUCCUUCCAUUUUCUAUUAUCAAAAUAAUAAAAUAUCUAUUACUAAUACAACUAAUUAUGGCUUUCCUGAGAAAUGUAAGAAGUACACAGAACAUUAACUAAAAUUCCUAUCACCAAAUCCUGGUUUCUUUUGCUCCAGAACAUUUGGAAAAGUACUUCACA